AUGAAUGAUCAGAUUGUCACAAGCAUGGAGGCGGAGGUCCGAUUGGAGAUCACUCAGUACGUACGAACUGUGACAUUAUCACGGGAAGCAGGAAAGGUCUUUGAUGCACUGCAAGUACUGUUCGGCUACCUAGAUGACAGUUGCAGUGUCAGGGCAGAGUUCUGCCGGGUUUUCUACACACCCUUACUACAGGCUUUGGUGAAUGGACUUAAUUCUGACUGGUUCCAUAAAUUGCCAGGGUCACAACGGACUGAACUGUGGGAUAACUUUUUCCUUCGUGGUCCUCCUGAUCAAGCUCUGCUGACACUUCUGGAUGCCAUUACCUCAAGCGAACCCAGCGCAGGUCUUGAGCAUUUGGUGUACGUGCUGGAGCAGUUUCUGAGCACGAGCCUAGAGGUCCUGCUAUGGUCACGAUGUGAGGGUAGAGGCAUGGCGGACUCACUACAGGUCAGAGAGGUGCUGCUGGGCAGACUGGUGGGGCUCCCAUCUCUCACCGCCAACAAACUCCAAACAAAAACACCCCCAGCAUUCAUGCCACAGCAGUAUUGCACCCACCUGGCCAACACUAUCCUCAGUGUACUGGAGAAAACCUGCAAGGCCCUGAGAGGUGGGCAGGACUGCUCUUUGGGUUUUGUGGGUCAAGUUUUGGGAAAGGCAUGUGCACAGGGUCAUACAGCAUUGGUCUUCCGGACGCUGGCCCCCCGUCUAAGUGCUCACACACUCUCUGAUGCUCUGUGGCGGCGAGUGAGCGCCAAGCUGCUGGAGAAUAUUCCAGAUCGCUGGAUGGAAGCCGUGGUCACAGGACUUGUGCAAGCAGUCAAUGGCCCUGAAACCCUGUCCAGGAUUAUAGGCAACAUAGUGCUAAAGAAUCCAAAGGCGCGGUUUGUUAUCACUCACAAAUUCCUGCUGCUGCAGUACCAUCACAAGGAUUGUGUGUUGAGGACUUUGCUAGGUUAUCUAGCUCAGGAUGAUGAGCGUCGACCUCUUCUUGCACAGGCGCUGCGGGCGCUGUGUCAGGCGUGGAGUAACAGCAGUGCGGUCAAGCACACCACAGUCGAGCAGCAGCUGUAUGUCAGCAAAGCUCUGCUGCUGUCUUUGAGUCUGCUGAGACCUCCGGAGAUAGAGCAGCAACAAGAGGUGCUUCGGCAGUGCAUGUUGAGUGGUAUGCAGUGCCAUUUGGACAGCACUGUGCUGCGUGUGCGCAGGAUCGGAAUGGUGGUGGGAGAGUCAAUCAGUCAACACAUGGACACAGCCACCGCACGCCUCUCCUUUCAGUAUGAGCAUGACGAUGAGACCAGAGACCUUCUGGAAAUAAUGAAGCCAGCAGAAAUUAAACCAGAACCCAGUCCUGAGCCAGAGAUAGAUGUGAGGAGUAGUCCUGAGCCAGGAGUGGAUAUGAGGAGUUCGUCACCUCCACACCCCUCUAAUGCUGCAGCACAGCCAGACUCAGAUCUGGAUAGCGAUGAUGAGUUGACCCCUUAUGACAUGUCAGCUGAUGAGGUGCAGCAGAAGUGUUCUCCGCCCCGCUAUCUUCGCGACUGCCUGGACGGUUUGCUGACCUCUGAGGACCCCGAGCGUGUGAGUGCGUGCUUACAGGCCGCAGAUGGCCUUGUGAGAAGGCACAUAAGCACCACAAAAGAGGUCAGUGUGGAGUUCAGUAAGGUGCUGUUGCACAUGGAAGACAAGUACAGCAACCCCAACUUCCUCUUUCAUCGCCAGAGAGCCAUGGUGGCUCUCGCUGUUACUGACCCUAUACCUGUGUCAGAGUACCUAACCACAGAGUUCUACUCACUCAACUACAACCUGCGCCAACGCCUGGAUAUGCUAGAGGUGAUUGCUCUGGCUGCCCAGGAGUUGUCUCGGCCAGUCUCUAGCAAGAGUGUGGCCACUUCUGCUGUCUCUCUGGUGACUCCACUGGAGCCCAGUAAUGACCUGAAGCACUGGAGGCAGGUGGUGGAGGAGCGCAUCAAAAGUAAAACCAGACGAUUCUGUAAGGGCCCAUCUCAACCACCACCUAAAGCGACCCCAAACCUCUAUGCUCCUGUUGCUGGCUACUUCUUCUUUCCACUGCUCAAGAGCUAUGACCGGCCACAGGUAACCUUUGACCUGAUGGGGAGUGACCACUUGGUGCUUGCACAGCUGCUUAGCACUCUGGGACUGCUUAUGCAUCUAGCCAUUCAUGCACCGGUGGCCACUCAGAUGGGAAAGGCCCUGCUGGACUUUGUGUGGGCGUUACGUUUCCACUUUGACCAGUCUGUGAGGCGUGGUGUGUUGAUGUGUGUGUGCGCUGUGUUCUUGGCUAUGCCGAGUCAGAGUCUCCUACAAGAACUGAGUGAAGACCUAAUAGACACAAGAGCUUGGCUAGCAGAUGUGGCAGAGACGGACGUAGAUGCUGAUUGUCGGAACUUGGCAGUACAGUGCCUGGUUCUACAGGAGAGGAGCUUGAAGAAAGAACUCAACCCAGAAACACACAAAUAAUUAUCAUCAUAGUAUUGACUUGGAUUCAGAUAUAACAUAACAUAAUGGCUUGCUUUAUAGGGACUUUGUGGGAAAACUCUUCUUGCUCAUGCUAAGGAUAUGUCCAUAUCAUGAAAUGUAUUCAGGUAUGAAUGAAAAUAAAUAAAUAUGACUUUUUUUUUAAUAAGAAA